AUGGAACGAGCAAAAUCAAUUAAAACAAUUAAAAACAGUGAAACUUUUAAAAAAGAAGAAAGAAAACUGAACAUGCUAAAUUAUAGCAUGGAAAAAAUCUUUAGCAGAAACAAUACAAAUAAUUUUGAAAUACGAGAAGAGCUAAAAGCGGAAAGUCUAGUUCAUCAAAAAAUUGCCAAAGCAAAAGAAAAAAGUGAAACAAUAAAACAAAUACAAAAAGCAAUUGAAAAAAGAUGGGAAGAUCUAAAAGAUAAUCCGAAGCGUAUGAUAAGUAGCAUAUUAGAUAGACCACGUAAAUCAAUAGUAAUGGAUCGAAUUGUAAAAGAGACAUCAGAUAACAAUACAAUUAUAAUCACAGAAGGUAGUGAAAUCAAAGAAUUGGUAAAAGAACAUUUUCACAAUUGGACGAGGAAAAGAACAACAGAUGCUGGGUUAUUCAAAAAAUGGGAGUCUGAAUACACACCACUUAAAGAGAUCAACAAGUCGUAG